GGGAGUGUUGGGAGGGGGAAUCUUAUUCUACUCCUAGCAAAAAGACAUUUUUCUUCUACUUUAACUAUCCUUAGAAGCUAUUACAUUAUACCAAGGCUUAACACAAAGUUUUCUAUAAGUUUUUCCUUUUUUCCUUAUUUGUACUUCCUUACCCUAUUGAUGUUGGGGUGCCCUUCUCCCAUAAGUUACGAGUCCAUUUACCUCAAGCUUAUUAGCAUAUACAUCAUUAGUUACCAUGGCAUUCUUGUGGGCAGACAUCUGGUGAUGUUCCUAAAGUAAAAUAUCACAAACAGGUACAAACUCGUAAGCUUGUGGUUACCUGUCAGCAGUUCAGUCACUCCAGCCUUCUAUCUUGUGAUAUCUUAUGAUCUACGGUUACUCUUGGUUAGCUGCUUAUGCUAAGGCUUUUUGGGCCUUAUGCCUUGUUUAGCUAAGCUACUGUCUUGUCUUACAUGUCUUUUUGGCUCAUUACAUUACUGCCUUAACUUAUACCCAGGCCUUACCUAGAAAAUACCUACGCCUAUAGGCUACUUAUGAGAGGGCUUCUUCCUUGCAGGUUUGACACACAAUCCCUCACCUGAUGUGCCUUUUAAUAUUUCAGUAGUACCUGGUGAAAUACUACCAGUAUUUCAGAGGUAAGUGGGGUCCUCUCCCCCAAAAGAUCAGAACCCUGUUGUGCUAGGCAAUGUACACAGAGUAAGAGAGUGUUGCCAACUGACAAUUUUAUCAUGGGUGUCACACUAUUUCGUGUUUUUCUUCAAGCUGCUGCUACUGGAGUCAAGGAUUUUGAAUGGAAGUUAGAACGAGAAAUCCUUCUUCCAUCCCCGUCAUCUCCUAAAUGAAUGCACAGAUACAUUCAAGAUGGUGAGCCACGGAUCUUCAGGAAACUGCACUGAUCCUCAUAUGGGAUUUCAGUCCUCCCUGUACGCAACCACUUACACCAUAAUAUUCAUACCUGGUCUUCUGACAAACAGUACUGCAUUAUGGGUUUUAUGUCGCUUCAUCAGGAAGAAAAACAAAGCUGUUAUUUUUAUGAUUAAUUUGGCUGUCGCUGAUCUUGUACAUGUUCUCUCAUUACCUCUUCGAGUGUAUUAUUAUAUAAACCACACGUGGCCUUUUGGGAGUUUCCUUUGCCAGUUAUGUUUCUACCUGAAGUAUCUCAACAUGUACGCAAGUAUUUGUUUCCUUACCUGCAUAAGCAUUCAAAGGUACCUUUUCCUCCUCCAUCCAUUCAAAGCCAAAGACUGGAAGUGCAAGUAUGAUGUCACCAUUAGUGCUGUUGUGUGGAUCAUUGUUGGGGCUGCUUGCUCACCAGUUCCAAUCCUGAGAAGUCCUACCUUAUCCAACAAUACAAACACCUGCUUUGCAGAUCUUGGAGUGAAGCAAAUGAGUAUGGGAGCUUCUAUUACUUCAGUAACAAUAGCUGAAUUAUUAGGGUUUGUGGUCCCCCUAGUUAUUAUUGCAUACUGCACUUGGAAAAUGAGACAAUCUCUACAGGAGUGUCAAGUGCCCUUGCAACAGAGAAGUGAGAAAGAGAAAGCUUUACGGAUGAUUCUGAUGUGUGCAGCUGUAUUCUUCAUAUGUUUCACACCAUAUCAUAUAAACUUUCCUUUAUUUAUGAUGGUGAAACAGAAUGUUAUUACAAACUGCGCCAUACGCAGAAGCACUCUUCAUUUUCAUCCAGUUUCUUUAUGUCUUGCAAGUUUGAACUGUUGUCUGGAUCCAAUCCUCUACUACUUUAUCACAUCAGAGUUUCAGAACAAAUUAUUGCGAUGUAGUGGCUUUGCCCUCAGGAGCUGUCUCGUGGACAAAGAGAGUGACUCAUCUUUCCAAGAAAACAGCGAUGAUAUUAAAACACAAAACCCUUUUUCACGUUUUAAAUUUCGGUCUCUUCCAAAACUCUGGUCAAAUAAAUACACAGAAACUCCUCUAACUGAACCAGAGGUGCUUUUAUUACAAUAAGCUUUUUGAAACUCAAGACCAUUUGUUCAGCAUAGGUGCAGUCCAAAGCUCAAAUGGAGAUCACAUUAAGCCCAGAAAUAUGCACUGAAUAACAUCUCUGGCCAUUACAUCCAGGGUAUCCAGCACAGAAAGACAUUUUAACUUUAUCUUUUUGUUUUUUUAAAUAUCAUCCACCCCAAUCACUACAACCUCCCCAUGCAAAAUUCUCUCACACUGCUUGAGUUACCCGUUAGGUCCCAUAAUUUAUCUUCCUUAAAAAGAUGCUCCCGAAU